UUGAGCCACACGCACAAGCGGAAGUUUCAAUACAUGUAAAGUAUGGCUCUUCCUUAUUGACAUGAAAUUGUUGUAUUACAAAAUACCAUCUAUAACGAAAGUUACAAAUCAAGCUAAAGCUAUCGUCAAUCCACUACAUUUCCCACAAACCCCUGCGCGUGUCGUGACCAGGAAACCAGUCAACUCAGCUGUAUGAUGGGUCCGAAGUCUAAAAAGAGUUGAGCCACACGCACAAGCGGAAGUGGUGUUAUUACCCCACCAGGAGUAUCGUCGGACGGAGGCUGGGAGCGACUCGACACACUCCAGCAGUGGGACUUUAGGUGUUGACAUGUGGGCUCGCUUGUUAGCCGGGGCUUCGGGGCUUCGGCUCCGGGCUUGCGGUGAACCUGGGAUGCGGGCAGCUGGAGGUGCAUUCAGGGACCUGCAGCACAGACACGCGUCAAGUGGAGAGUCCGCCCUGAAGAAGACGCCCCUCUUCGACUUCCACAAGGCGCACGGUGGCAAAAUGGUGGAGUUUGCAGGCUGGAGUAUGCCGGUGCAGUACAAAGACAGUCACAUCAGCUCACACAUGCACACCCGAGAGCACUGCUCCAUUUUUGAUGUCAGCCACAUGCUGCAGACCAAAGUCCACGGCAAAGAUAGAAUCAAGUUCAUGGAGUCUCUGGUGGUGGCAGAUAUUUUGGAACUUAAAGACAACCAGGGCACACUAUCCCUCUUCACCAAUAACAAGGGAGGGAUCAUUGAUGACCUCAUAGUGACCAAGACGGACCAGGACUACCUAUAUGUAGUUUCUAACGCUGGCUGUGCUGACAAAGACUCUGCUCAUAUGAAGUCCAGACUUGCAGAGUUUAAGGCUUCAGGCUCUGAUGUUGACCUGGAGUUCCUGGAUGAAGCUUUGAUUGCUCUGCAAGGACCAUCCAUGUCUCGGGUGCUGCAGGAGGGCUUGAAGGAGGACCUCACCAAGCUGACCUUCAUGACGUCUGCCCUCGCCACUGUCUUUGGUGUACCUGGCUGCAGGGUGACCAGAUGUGGGUACACUGGAGAGGACGGUGUGGAGAUCUCAGUUCCUCAGUCCAGAGUGGUAGAGCUGACUGAGAAGCUGCUGGCACAUAGCGAGGUCAAACUGGCUGGAUUGGGCGCCCGUGACAGCCUGCGACUGGAGGCGGGGCUUUGUCUCUACGGCAAUGACAUUGAUGAGACCACCACGCCCGUUGAGGCCACCCUCGUGUGGACGAUAGGAAAGCGACGACGUCAGACAAAAGGCUUCCCUGGUGCUGACAUCAUCGUACCACAGAUCAAAGCUAAGACCGCCAGGAAGAGGGUGGGCUUGGUGUCCACUGGGCCUCCGGUCAGACAACACACGCCCAUAUUGAGCCCUGAUGGAAAGGUCAUAGGUGAGGUGACCAGCGGCUGCCCUUCACCCUGCCUGAAAAAAAACAUUGCCAUGGGUUACGUCGACGCCGCCUUUGCUAAAAAUGGGACAACGAUUCAAGUGGAGGUCCGGAAAAAAGCCGUUCCCGCCGUUGUCUCCAAGAUGCCCUUUGUGCCCACAAAGUACUAUUCUGCAUAGUAUACAUACAUUCCUAUGGUACAUAGUAUCUUCUAGGGUUAAAUUGUGGCGGUAUUAUGGUGCUUGUUAUUUACCAACUGGCAGCUAGGGGGCGUGGUUUAGACUUUCCCAAAGUGCCUUGCUUUUUUUCCCCAGUUUACUACUUUACUGUUGAGUCAGUAAUGAGUGACAACUAAUACAUCAAAAUUACUGUGAAGUGCUGAAGUAACCACUGUUGGACCAAAUUUACUAAUAUAGUAAUUUAAUUCUAUUACAUUGUUUUUGUUUACGGUAUAUAACAGCAAACUACUGAUGCAAACAUGUUGUUUUUGUACACUCUUAAUCGAUGUAUGUGAACAUUUACUUGAUGAAAGCAGUAUUUUGUAAUUGACCUGCAAAUAUAAAUCUUAAGUAAAGAUGUUUAAUUAGUAUUAU